AAAAAAAUAUAAAUAAUGGCGAAAAAUAAAAAUAAUAAUGCAUAAAUAAAAUCUUAAAAAAAGAUAAUAAAAAAACAGGAAACUGAAUCAGAAAUUGAAGAGGAAGAAAUACAAUAAUAUUCUGAAGAAGACCAAUAAUAUUCAUAUGAAUAAUAAAAUAGCGAUGAAGAAUAAGAAUAAAAUGAUCAUGAAGAAUAAGAUGAAGAAAACGAUGAUGAUAAUAAAGAAGAAGAAGAAGAUUAAGAAGAAGGAGAAGCAGAAGAAAAUUCAUAAGGCGAAGAAGGAGAGAUAGAAAUGGAAGAAGAAGAAAGUUAAUAAUAUAAUAAAGAAACAUUAUAAAUUAAUCAAAAAGACGGAUAACCUGAUUUAGCUAUUUUAAAUAUGAAAAUUAAUGAUAUUUUACACAUUUUAUCUAAUUUCAAUGAAAACAAUAAAGAAAAGCGUUCUCGUUAAAGUAUUUUAGAUGAACUUUAAACCUACUUAAUGUAAUACUACAACUACAAUAGAGAUUUGAUUAACCUAUUUAUGUCUAUGUUUAAUCCUAAUGAAUUAGUUUAAUUUUUGGAAUCAAAUGAAACUCAGAGACCGGUAACAAUAAGAACUAAUACAUUAAAAACGAGAAGAAAAGAAUUAGCUCAGAUUUUAGCAUAAAGGGGUGUUAAUUUAGAUUCAUUAGCUGAAUGGACUAAGGUUGGAUUGAAAAUUUAUGAUUCUAAAGUUCCUAUUGGGGCUACUCCUGAAUAUUUAGCGGGUUAUUAUAUGCUUUAGAGUGCUAGUUCAUUUAUUCCAGUUAUUGCUUUAGCCCCUUAGUAAAAUGAGAAAAUAUUAGACAUGUCAGCUGCUCCUGGAGGGAAAACUACAUAUGUAGCUUAAUUAAUGAAAAAUACAGGUAUUUUAUUUGCCAAUGAUAUUAAGAGUGAAAGAAACAAAGCUCUUAUUUACAAUGUCUAAAGAAUGGGAAUUACAAACUGUGUAGUUACUAAUUACGAUGGUAGAAAAUUGCCUAAAUGUAUUAAUAAUUUUGAUAGAGUUUUAUUGGAUGCUCCUUGUACAGGUUUAGGUAUUAUUUCAAGAGAUUAAUCUAUAAAAGCUACAAAAUAAUUAAUUGAUGUAUACAAACAUUCUCAUUUAUAAAGAGAACUUAUACUUUCGGCUAUAGAUUGUUGUAAAAAAGGCGGUUACAUAGUAUAUUCUACUUGUAGUGUAUCAGUUUAGGAAAACGAAAGUGUUAUUGAUUACGCUUUGAAAAACAGAUUUGUUAAACUUGUUGAUACCGGAGUUGAUGUCGGCGAAGAAGGAUAUAUUAAAUAUUAAGAUAAAAGAUUUGACCCUAGUAUUAAAAAAUGUCGAAGAAUAUUACCUCAUAUUCAUAAUAUGGAUGGAUUUUUCGUUGCUAAAUUCGAAAAAAACUGGAUAAUGGAACAAGAGUUAAAAAAGAAGAAAAUGUUAAUUUGAAAGAAGAUAAGUAAGAAAUUGAAUUCGAUGAAGAAGAACAACUUAAUAAUUUAAAAUCGAAAAAUGUGCAUAUUUAAAAAGGAGAAUAGGGAAUAUCUGAAGUUUUUGCAGAUGGCAAAGACUUUGAUUGGAAUGAAGAAGAAUAUGCUUAGUUUGAAAAUAAUUUAAAGAAAAAAUAAGAAUUAUUUAAAAGUAUUUAAGAAAAGAAGAUUUAAAAGAUGAAAUAAAUAUAGGAAAAUAAAAAGAAGAAAUAACUAUUUAUAAAAAAGAAAUAAUUCACUCAGAAAUUUAACAAUAAAAAUAAAUCUU